AAUUAAAGAGAAUUUUAUUAUCUUUAAUUUGGUGUAUUUUUUAUUAAAAAAAAUACUAUCGUAUGAAAAAGUUAUGCUCGUUUAAAAAUCGUGGUGGAAAAGAAAAAAAAAAGUAGGCGCGAAAACCUAUGGUACGACCUCGGACGCAAACUUUGAAUCUUAGACGCAAUAGUAAGGGACUGAGGCUACCACAGACGCGAAGCAUGUUCAUUUUCGCAAAUUUGACUGGUGAAUGUCCAUUUUCGUGAUUUUCCCUUUUUAUAAACUUCUGGUUUUAUGUAUUGAUGUUAUAUUAUAUAUAUUGGUGUAACGGUUUUCUUCUUGUAGACUGUCCCACAUACAAGGGAGUCAGUUCUUGGAAACGUGAAUUCGUCGGUUCAUGGUUUAGCUGGAUCAGAGGAUGCCCAUCAGGCAUCUGAGCAACCAAGAUUGAACUUAAAGCCAUGGUCACAGCCCCUUCAUCGGUUCUUGGAAACGUGACUUCAUCGGUUCAUGGUUUAGCUGGAGUCGAUGAUGUUGCUGUUAAUCAUGACCUUAUCCGGUCUCCUAAUAGGGUGAAAAAGGACAUUACUAGGGCCGGUAACCAACCCGUGUACCACCAAAACGGUAAACCCGACCCAUUCGACCAUCAUAGAACCGGGAAGACAAUUGAGAAACGAGAUGCAAAAAAAUCAGAUGCUCAACGAAGAAGCAACUGGAGAAACGAUAACCGCAAGAGCAGCAGAGACCUUGAGCAGCAACAGGAAAGACCUCCUCCACCUGAAACGUGGCGCAAACCUGUGGACCCUCCACUAGCGGUUGGAACCUGUUACGGAAAAGCAGCUUCUGCAGUUAAACUAGCCCAAGCCUUCUCAAAAUCGGUCUUUGAUCCAAAGGUGGUAACCACUGAUCGUUUCUCUAGCUAGAGAGGGGUUCCGUUUUCUCGGCUAACCAGCCAACCCACUACUAUACCUCAGAAUCUCAGAUCAAUGGACACUGAUUGUUAUACAAUGUGUUUGAUUCUUGAAUCUACUCCAUAGCGUCGGGCCACACCACCCCCUAGGCACUAUGGGCUGGAUUUUUCGAUUCCCGCGAUGAGUAUAACGGCAACAAUGUCGAGAGUUUCGGUAUUUUAAACCGUUGAUAGGGGGUUAUGGGGCUUCAUCCACUAUACACACGUGUUAUCAAAAUUCAACAUUGAUGCUUAAAUCCGGUUCUUUAAUAAAUUUCCUAUUUCAACUUGUUUAUACAAAAGUGUGUAUAUUACAACAGGUGUGUCCCCCCUCGUUGGGCUAAGGGACCACGAGUUUGUGGCGGGACAGGCGAUAACCAAGGCAGAGGCGGGCAAAGUAGCUAAACACGAAAAAGCUUGCAUCGAGAAUCAGCACGUGCUCGUCCCGUUCGCUUUCGAUACAUUUGGCGCUCUCGCCCCUGACGCGGUGCGGUUCCUAAAGCGGGUUCAACAGGUGGUAAGCAGUAACACCGCACAUGUUAAGGGCAGAAUUUUGUGUUUAGCAGGG